CGGCGAGCGCAGAGCUCUUCCGGUUGUACCUGCAGAGAGAGAGAUCAUCCUUAAGAGAUUCUCGCUGGCAGACGCGGAAGGGAUGCGAACGCCGGCAGCAUGGAGAGGGGCGGCGGGAAGUCCGCAGUUGUCGCAGUUGUGACUGAGCCUCGGUUCGCCCAGACGUACAGAGACUAUCUGGAGAAGCAGAAACUCUUGGAUAGACGGCACCGCGUGGCGAAGCUGCGGGAUGGCACGGUGGCGCUGCCGGUGCUCGCGGAGACCCUCCCGGAGGAGCACCUUCGGGAGCUGAGGAAUCGCGUGGCCCCGGGCAGCACCUGUGUGCUGACGCGGCUCCUGGAUCCUCUUCCUUCCAGAAGGGCCCGGGUUCCUUCACCUGCGCAAAGACUCUGCCUCGAGGUGAGGCGUUGGGUGGAGGACCGCGGGCUGACCUGGUCCGCUGAGCUGGAGGCGGACUUGCCCCGGUCUUGGCAACGGCACGGUGACCUGAUGCUGCUUAGUGAAGACUCUUUCCAAGCCGAGCAGUGGGGAAGUCUGGAACCAGGACUCUGGGAGACUGUCGCCUCAGCCCUUGAAGCCCGACGUUUGGCCAAACGGGGGCGGGUGUCACCUAACGGUACUCGAACUCCGGCGGUGACUCUGCUGCUGGGUGAGCACGGCUGGGUAGAGCAUGUGGAUAAUGGCAUCCGGUAUACGUUUGACGUCACACGGUGCAUGUUCUCCUUUGGGAACAUCACGGAGAAACUUCGAGUGGCAUCUCUGCCCUGCGCUGGCGAAGUGCUGGUGGAUCUCUAUGCGGGCAUUGGUUAUUUCACAUUGCCCUUCCUGGUUCACGCCGGCGCCGCCUUCGUCCACGCCUGCGAGUGGAAUCCUCAGGCUGUAGUUGCUCUGAGACACAAUUUGGAGCUCAAUGGAGUGGCAGACCGGUGUCAGAUCCACUUUGGAGACAACAGGAAGCUGCAACUCUCAGACACCGCAGAUCGGGUGAACCUGGGGCUGAUUCCCAGCUCUGAAGAAGGCUGGCCCGUUGCCUGCCAAGUGCUCCGGAAGGAUGUAGGGGGGAUUCUGCAUAUCCACCAAAAUGUGGAGUCCUUCCCAGGAAAGAAACCCCAGGCUCUCGGAAGCAGUGAUUCGGGAAAAGAGCACUGGCCUCAUCCCCAAAACAUCAUCCCUGAUAAACGGGGAAAUGGAACUCCUGGGAAUAUCACAGGGGACGUGCUGCCAGCAGCCAGCAAACCGGAGUGGCAGAGCUGGGCGGAAUCUGCAGAAACUCAGAUCGCCUCUCUCCUUCACCAAGUGCACGGGAAACGGUGGAGGACGCGCAUCCUGCAUGUCCACCCAGUGAAGUCAUACGCCCCCCAUGUGGAUCACAUAGUCCUAGAUCUGGAAUGCCGCCCCUGUCCUCCGAUUGGCUAGAAGAGAGUCUCUAUGUGAUCUAGACUGGUCUUAAGCUCAAGAGCUUCUCAGCCUUCUGGGUUCCGGGAUUUUAGGUAUGCACCACCGUAUGCCUGGCUCUCAGUGUUUUCAAAUGUGUACUGAGGCUGGGGAGAUGAUUCCGUGGUUAAAGCUCUUGCCAUGCAAUUGUAAGUUCAGAUCUCUAGAAUACGCAAAAGUCAGAGUAGUGCAUAUCUGUUAGCCCAGUGCUCUUAGGGUGAAAUACGAGGUAGAGACAGAAGAUCACGGGCCAGCUGGCUUGGCCUAUUUGGGACAUUGAGAACCAUCUCAAGCAAGGGUGACAUCCUAACUUGUCCUCUGAUCUUCAUACAUGGACUGUGGCACAUAUGUGCCUGCAUUCACACAAACACAUCACACACACACACACACACACACACACACACACACACAUGAUUGUGGUCCUUCCUAUCUGGCCACAUUCCCCACAGUUGGUAAGAGGGAACCAGCCUUUACUAGAACAUGGUGGAUUUUUGUGUUAAUGUUAGGCAAGUAGUGUUGAACUCAUGGAUGAUGAGGCCAACAGUGAGAUGUAUUCUUUCUUCCAUUUUCUAGAAAAG